AUGUCAGCCAUCCAACCACAAACUACAUCUGUUCAUACAUCUGCUCCUACACCUGCCUCUACAUCUACACCACCUCCGACAACAUCCCCAUUCUCCUUCGAUGCCCUCUUCGACAACCCCGUAUUCGCUGGAGGCAUUGGCCUCGCUGGCCUGGGAGCAGCAGCAACUCUCGGACGACGAUGGACCAUCCAAGCAGCCGGCCUCAUCAAACGGCGCCUCCUCGUCAACCUGGAGAUCAGCAAACAAGACCCCUCAUACCCAUGGAUCUUGACAUGGUUGACUCUCCGCCAACGCCCCACGGGUUUCAUCGCCUCCAAGCUCACUAGAAUCCACAACUUGUCUAUGCAGACCACAUCUCGAAUCUCUCAAAAUCGACCAGGUCAAACGAAGUUUUUGGCGCAGCCAGGAUAUGGCAGGCAUAUCGUACGGCACAAGAAUGCAUACAUUUCUAUCCACCGAGAAAAACAAUCCUCUGCCAACAUGAAUACGGGCGAACCAUUUGAGACGGUCACCCUCACUACUCUAUAUGCGCAUCAGGGCAUCUUUGAGGACAUAUUCAAAGAGGCGCAUGAACUAGAGAUGUCUGCGCAAGAGGGCAAGACAAUCAUGUGGACAGCUCGAGGCUCGGAAUGGACGCCAUUCGGCGACCCGCGAAAGAAACGGCCAUUGCAGUCAGUGAUAUUGGAUCAAGGGAUCAAGGAACGAAUAGUCACAGAUGUGAAAGACUUUUUGCAGAGACAGGAGUGGUAUGUGGACCGAGGAAUUCCAUACAGGAGGGGAUACUUGCUCUAUGGGCCUCCUGGUACUGGUAAAAGCUCCUUUGUGCAGGCACUGGCUGGGGAGUUGGAUUUCGGGGUGGCGAUCAUCAACCUGAGCGAGAGAGGCAUGACGGACGAUAAAUUGGCACAUCUUCUUACGAAACUCCCCCCGAGGACCAUUCUUCUUCUCGAAGAUGCGGACGCGGCCUUCAGUAACCGCCGACAAGUGGAUGGAGAGGGCUUCAGCGGUAUGUCGGUUACCUUUUCUGGAUUGCUGAAUGCAUUGGACGGGGUGGCAGCCGGGGAAGAGAGAAUAGGUUUCUUGACGACGAAUCAUAUCGACCGGUUGGAUGAAGCCCUGAUAAGGCCGGGGAGAGUUGAUAUGACUGUCAGAAUUGGCGAAGCUACGAGGCAUCAAGCUGGUGAAAUGUGGGACCGGUUCUAUGGGGAUAUCGAUCAAAAUCGGGCAGGAAAGCAACGCUUCCUGCAAAGACUUGAAGAAAUUGGGCUUGUUGCGGAUACAGCGGGGAAAUCGAAGACGUCGAAACUAAAUACCAGCACGGCUGCGAUCCAAGGCCUCUUCUUGUUUAAUAAAGACAACAUGGAUGGGGCUAUAGAAAUGGCCGAAGGUUUAAUUCCAAGAAUAUACGAGCCCGAGAAGCAGGAGGGGAUAAAGAUGCCAGCCUGA